AAUAACCUGAGGCAGCAAAUGUCCAACAGCAGCUCCAUGGCCCAGUUCCUCCUCCUGGCAUUGGCAGACAGGCGGGAGCUGCAGCUCCUGCACUUCUGGCUCUUCCUGGCCAUCUCCCUGGCUGCCCUCCUGGCCAACGGCCUCAUCCUCAGCGCCGUAGCCUGCGACCACCACCUGCACACCCCCAUGGGCUUCUUCCUGCUCAACCUCUCCCUCACAGACCUGGGCUGCAUCUGCACCACUGUCCCCAAAGCCAUGCACAACUCCCUCCAGAACACCACAACCAUCUCCUACAUGGGAUGUGCUACACAGGCCUUUUUCUUUGUCUUCUUCAUCUCAUCAGAGUAUUUCCUCCUCACCAUCAUGUGCUACGACCGCUACGUUGCCAUCUGCAAACCCCUGCACUACGGGACCCUCCUGGGCAGCAGAGCUUGUGCCCACAUGGCAGCAGCUGCCUGGGCCACUGGCUUUCUCAUUGCUCUGCUGCACACAGCCAAUACAUUUUCCCUCCCCCUGUGCCAGGGCAAUGCCCUGGGCCAGUUCUUCUGUGAAAUCCCACACAUCCUCAAGCUCUCCUGCUCACACUCAGGCUACCUCAGGGAAAUUGGGCUCAUUGUGGUUAGUGUCUGUUUAGGAUUCUGUUGUUUUGUUUUCAUUAUUUUCUCCUAUGUGCAGAUCUUCAGGGCUGUGCUGAGGAUCCCCUCUGAGCAGGGACGGCACAAAGCCUUUUCCACGUGCCUCCCUCACCUGGUCGUGCUCUCCCUGUUCCUAAGCACUGUCACGUUUGCCUACCUGAAGCCCCCCUCCAUCUCCUCCCCAUCCCUGGAUCUGGCCCUGUCAGUUCUAUACUCAGUGGUGCCUCCAGCACUGAAUCCCCUCAUCUACAGCCUCAGGAAUCAGGAGCUCAAAGCCGCCAUGAGAAAAAUGAUGACUGGAUGCUUUUCAGGAGCAAUAAAGUGCCUGUUUUCUGGUGCAUAG